CUUUAAAGUACGUACUUCUAAUUUAACCAACAUUCGUUUGAGGGUGCAUAUCUCAGUGAUUUUGAGCCAUUACACUGAGACGCGGGAAAAUGGAGCAUUGCUUAGCAAGGGAUGAACUCUCUGGAUUUAUGGAAUCUGGAAUUUAUCAGUUUGAGAAUUCGAAUUUCAUAUUCGUAGACCCAGUUCGUGUUCUGAAUCGUUCGUACUCACGGUUUAGGGUUUCUCCUUCUGGUUACUACCAACGAUUCUUUGAUUUCGAAAGGAAGGGUUUCGGAAACGGGGACUGUUUAUCUUCUGCAAAGAAGAGAAAGAGGAAGGAAAAGAAACCCCACUCUCUAAACGAGAAAGAACGUGCGGCCGAUCAACGCCACCAGCUGGCAAAGCCUUUGUUACUAAAGGCGCACGAAUUGUUAUUGCAAGCUACUGAUCUGUUGGGGGUAAUGAGCAGUUUAAACCGCGAUGUUGGUUCUUCAGUGGGAAGCAGAUGGUUAGAAUUUCCCAAAGACAAUCAAUCAUUGAUUGAACACGGGCAGGUUUGGCAAGCUCCCUUAUAUGAGAUAACUCUUAAACGCCCUGAAUCCGACCAGUCAAUUGAAGUUGGAGAAUCCUCUUUCGAGCUUAGAGUAGCUUCAUUAUUUAAUAACCUGGUUGUCAAUGAAACACGUGAUGAGGUGGAAGCUGAAUUUCUUGAUCAUCAGUAUAUAUUGCCUCGUGAAAGUUGCUUCUAUAUGGAUAUUAUUUCUCUUGUUUCCAUGUACAAGUCUGAUUUGAGGCAGGUUCACAACCUUAUUCCUGCUACAGCUAGCUGUGGCUUCAGUCUUAUUGUUGUCGAUCCACCAUGGGAAAACGGAAGUGCACAACAAAAAUCGAAGUAUCCUACAUUGCCCAAUCGGUACUUCUUAGCUCUGCCUAUCAAGAAACUUUCUCAUAGAAAAGGAGCACUGGUCGCCUUAUGGGUGACUAACAGAGAAAAGUUCCAUCGUUUUAUUGAUGUGGAACUGUUCCCUGCAUGGGGAGUCAAACAUAUUUCCACUUAUUACUGGUUGAAGGUCAAAGGAGAUGGUUCAUUGAUUGGUGAUCUAGAUCUCUUCCAUCACAGGCCGUAUGAAUGCCUUCUCUUGGGCUAUUGUUACGGUGAGGAUGUGGAAGACCUGAAAGUUUUGGAGCAAAGUGUACCUAAAGAUCAAGUCAUCAUUAGCAUUACUGGUGAUUACUCAAGGAAGCCACCAAUUGGAGAGCUUCUCCAGAAGUAUGUUCCGGGGCCGAAGCCAGGCCGGUGCAUCGAACUGUUCGCUCGAGAGAUGAAUCCCGGAUGGCUUUCUUGGGGGAACGAGCCCCUUCACUUCCAGGAAUCCAAACACUUCACAAGGAUAUAGCCAUGCAAUUGCAAUAGUUUCUGUGUAAGCUCUGCAACUGCAACUCUCCCCCCAUAGAACUGAAUUCUUUAGUUGCAUGAUAUGGAGAUUCAUGCAUCUAUGUUGAUGAAGGGGGUGGGGUUUGGGAGGCUUGUGGCGUGGAAUUCAAGUGGUGUGUCACUUUCGAAAGUCAUAUCGGGCGGCCACAUGCGUUGGUCUUCUGCGUAGCGUGUAUUAGAAUAGAACAGAUUAAGCAUGAAUGUAACAGAGGGACCCAGUCUCGUGCCUCAUUUAACUUGUGGAUAACCGCAUUUCACGUAAGUUUCUACACACUUUUUCCCCUUUCACGUCUUUCUAUUUUAUGUAGCUCCAAUUUGCUUGCACAUGGGCUCUACAAAUUAACACUUAAUUCUCCC